AAUGACUGCCACAAAAACAAAAAUUGCAAACCUAUUCCCGUUAAUCUGCGGUUCGAAUUCCUCACCAAUUCCAGAGUUUGGGACAUAACUUCACUUAACAGCAAAAAUUUCCACAUGCAUGUUUUCCGGUGCAACCAUACUACAUUUCAACAUCUUACCAUCACAUCACCUGACGAGAGCAGAAACACAGAUGGAAUCCAUAUCGGGGCUUCGACUGGUAUCAACAUUACUCAGGCAAAGAUUGGAACUGGGGAUGAUUGUGUUUCUAUUGGUGAUGACUCCCACCAAAUCACAGUGACUGAUGUUACUUGUGGGCCAGGCCAUGGAAUAAGCAUUGGAAGCCUUGGAAGAUAUAAGGAAGAAAAGGCUGUGACCGGGAUCAUAGUUAAGAACUGCACCCUGACUAAUACGCAGAACGGUAUGAGAAUCAAAACAUGGCCAGAUUCUCCUUCACCUAGCAUUGCCUCAGAUAUACACUUUGAGGAUAUUAUCAUGGUUAAUGUCAGUAACCCUAUCCUCAUAGACCAAUUGUACUGCCCAUAUACUCAGUGUGACCAAAAGCCUCCGUCAAAAGUUAAGAUCAGCAAUGUCAGCUUCAAGAACAUUAAGGGCUCAUCUUUCACUCCACUUGCAGUCAAGCUUGUAUGUACCAGGGGCAUACCGUGUGAGAAUGUGGAGUUGACUGACAUUGAUCUCACCUACGGUGGAAACCAAGGCCCUCUUACCUCUCUGUGUUCUAAUGUCAAGCCCACAAUUACGGGCGCAAUAAAAGCUCUUGCUUGUGCUACAUCGUCCUUGGCACCUCUUCCUUUAUCCAAGAAGUAG